GGUAUUGCUGAGAACCGAAACUUGGAAAAUGAAGAUAAUCACAAUGCAGCUCAGUGUUGACGUACUGCUUCAAUGGGAUUAUGAAUUAUAAUUUUUUUGGCUCCGGAUAUUUGAAUCCAUUGAUUGUUCUGAGCUACAUAAACUGAGUUUGGAGCAGCUGAAGCGGACAGAGACGAUGAACGGAAAUUGAUGCUCAUUCGUACAGUAGAGGAGAAUCUUGCUAGAAAAGGAAUCAUCUAAUGUGUACUAAGAGAUACACUAGCUCAGCAUCGAACAAGGGAAUUUUCUAAUGCAUAAUAUGUAUGAUCCUCUCAUUUCUUGAAUAUUGUUCACGAUUCAGAUAUUAUUUUCGUGCGGAGAUGAACAUACGCUUCUUAUAGCUUUUGCGAAACGGACCUGUCCACAACAGCUGUCGAAGCCACUAAUCCCGGGCUCGAGUAAUUUAUUGGAUACCUGCACACAAUGAUCGACAAUCCCGUUGUUAAACUUACUGAUUUCUAAUCUUGAGAGCAAGUUCCUUUGCCUCUUACCCGAAUGACCAAGUACGGCACCAGUAAACCUGUUUACGUCGACGUGGAAAGCAAUUCUCCGUUGCCAUUCUACCGCGUUUGUAAUUCCAACGUUCGUGCUUACCUGGCCGAGUUUGUUGGCACCUUUAUCUUCGUGCUUAUCGGUGAUGGCUCCGUCGCGUUGGAGGAGGUGAUGCAGGCCACUACUUGUCUGUAAACUUGAGCUGGAGCUUUGCUCUAUUCUUUGGUAUUUAUUUCUCAGGCAGUGUCAGUGGUGGUCAUUUGAAUCCAGCCGUCACUUUCACGUUAGCUCUUUUCAAGCGAUUUGAGUGGAAUAAAGUACCUGGCUACAUCUUCGCUCAGACGGCCGGUGCUUUUGCGGCUGCUUUGAUCGUUUUCAUCGUGUACUAUCCGUGGUUUAAUAAUCUUCAUCCAGCACGUGAGACCACGCAAGGUAUUUUCGCAACGUACCCAAACGUUUAAAUUUCCAACUGGUCUGCUCUUACAAACGAAAUCAUCGGUACAGCUCUGCUAACUAAUAGUAUCUUUGCUGUGGGUGAUCAACUCAAUAAACCUGCGAGUCCCUACAGUUUUCCUAGUGCUAUUUCUCUCAUGCUUACGUGCAUUGGAA